AGAGUAUGCUGUGAACGAAGUUGUGGCGGGGAUUCGCGAGUACUUUAACGUCAUGCUGGGCACUCAGCUGCUUUACAAGUUUGAGAGGCCGCAGUAUGCUGAGAUCUUGGCUGAACACCCGGACAUGCCCAUGUCUCAGGUGUACGGGGCUCCACACCUGCUGCGCCUAUUUGUUCGUAUAGGAGCCAUGCUGGCCUACACUCCACUGGAUGAAAAGAGUCUGGCUUUGCUGCUGAGUUACCUCCAAGAUUUCCUAAAGUACCUGGUGAAGAAUUCCUCCACCCUCUUCAGUGCCACGGACUACGAGGUUGCUCCCCCAGAGUAUCACCGUAAGGCUGUGUGAGAGCUCUGAGCACACCCGCCUUCUCCCAGACCACAUGUAAAAACUACACAUGGAUGAGAUUUUUCACUUGAGCAGCUCGCUUCUUCCACAAAGGUCUCAGGAGCUUGUCACGAAUAAGAACAAAAAAAACGAUUAAGAAAAACUUUUUAAAGAUUUAUCUUGGUUCUUUUCUCUCCCUUUCGUCCUUUUCUGGCACUUAAUUAAAAGAAACAUGAAAAAAAGAUUCAGUUUUCUGUCACCAACUUUCAACAAGCAGCUCUUUUGAUGUUUUUGUGCAUUCCCUCUGAUAGAUAUUUGUUAACUGUUGCAUGUGUGUAUUUUUGACGGUUUCUCUUGCCACGUGUGGUGCAAUUCAAAGCUGGACUAUGUUGUCAGCACUCAGCAUUUAAUGUUUUUUUUAUCUGUAACCUGUGUAUUUGUAUUGAUUUGUUAAAAAAAAAUGUUUCUACAGAA